CAAGGAUUUUCCUUUUUCCUUUUCUCUUUUUACUUUUCUUUCAUUAUAAUAAAAAUAAUAUACCUAUUUUUUUCUUUCUUCUUCUUUUUCUUUGAUCUUCAGCUUCUUAUUAUAUAUAUACAAUGGUUUCUAUUUUAUGGGGUGUCUCUGCAUUAGAAGAACGUAUUGAAAAAGCAACUUCUGAAUUUAUACCGUCUGGUCAAGAAAACUUGGGAUUACAACUGGAUAUAAGUGAUCAAAUUCGAAGCAAAAAAGUUAAUGCCAAGGAAGCUAUGCAAGCAAUGAAGAAGCGACUCGCUCAUAAAAACCCAAAUGUUCAAUUAGCAACUCUAUCAUUGAUAGAUACGUGUGUCAAAAACAGUGGGGAUAGCUUUGUCAAGGAAAUUGCAAGUAAAGAAUUUAUGGAUGAAUUGACUACUAUGGUUCGAACUUCGAAUCUCAAUAUAGACGUUAGAAACAAGAUAUUAGAUAGUGUUCAAACAUGGGGGUGUGCUGCAAAAGGAAAUCCGGCAUUAGGGUAUAUGACGGAUACGUACUCUAUACUCAAGGCAGAGGGUCAUGUUUUUCCUCCUAUCAAACAAAAUAUUGAUCGUAUCAUGUUGGAAUCAUCAGCGGCACCUGAAUGGGGAGAUUCAUCUGUAUGUGAAAGAUGCAGAACUCCAUUUACUAUGACAAAUAGAAAGCAUCACUGCCGAAACUGUGGGGGAACAUUUUGCCAAGAAUGCUCAUCAAGAAACAUGGCUUUACCACAUCUUGCAAUCAAUGAACAAGUACGCGUUUGUGAUGGAUGUCAUUUAAAACUCAAGAUGUACAAAAUCACUGGACAAAAUACUCUUCCACCACUUCCACCAUCAACAUCCAAUUCUAACUCGUCCCAUCCUCCUGCAGCAAACGCCGAGACUGAUGAUUAUGAUGGCGAUAUCAAGAAAGCCAUUGAAUUAUCCUUGAAAGAAGAUGAAAAACGUAAAACUGGUUAUGGAACUGGUUAUUCCCCAUCUUCAAUGAAAAACAAUAUCUCUUAUUCUCCUCAAAGUGCCAAGGUUGAUGAUGAAGAUCCUGAUUUAGCAGCAGCUAUUGCAGCAUCCUUACGUGAAAUGGAAAUUGCAUCUCCACCACAAGCGAAUUAUCAGUACCCUUCAGCACCUCCUAGUACCGACUUAUCACCAACUGAAAUGGAAAAUAUUCAACUCUUUUCAACACUUAUGGAACAUGUACGUGCUCAUGGAGGAAAUGUGAUCAAUGACCCUCAAAUCAACAAACUUUAUACUCAAAUUGGUGCUUUACAACCAAAAUUAAUUCGAAGUUUAGAUGAUACCAUCCGAAAACAUCGAGCUUGUGUAGAACUACACGAUAAGAUCAACAAAGUGGUUCAAAUCUAUGAUCGACUUUUGGAACAGCGAAUGUCAGGAUACAGAAAAGAUAUUGGAACAAUAACAUCGACUACAUCAUACCCAUAUUAUGGCUCAGCUGAACAUACAGGAUUACCCAAUGUAGCACAAUAUCACGGGAACACUACAACAGAUCAGCAUGGAUAUCAUCAGCAUCUCCCUCCAGUAACAGCAACAUCAGCAGCGACAUCAUCAGUCCCAUCGUAUGGAUUCAAUCCUCAAUAUUCCUCUCCUUCUCAGCAAGUACCACAACAACAAUACCAAAGUAUUCAAUCAUCAACAGUUCCUAUGAUGCAUCAUCCACAGCAACAAAUGUAUAUGCAAACACCAGCAACACAACAACAGCAACAACCUACUCCCAUGACUACUCAAUCACCACCCGUGGAUGAACGACCCUUGAUUGAUUUAUAAAAUAGUUGUCUAUAUAUAUAUUUGAUGAAAUAAAAAUCAACACUUUUAUUGAUUUAUAUUGCUUUUUUUUUUCUUUUUUUUUUAUUAAUGUUGAAUGACUAU